AUGACUCAAACCACCCCAAAUCUGAAGGAAGAAGUUACUUCCAAGGAGCAACUCAACAAUCCGCUCAAGACUGUUCACCAUCUGUCACAGUAUCCUUUGCUCAAACAGGCUUGGGAGUAUGUCGUGGGAUUUGCUUGGGUUGGAUGGGUUUGGACUAACGUCAUUCAACUAUAUACUAUCCUGAGAGUGAACGUGGUCGAUAGGGUCCCCUUUGUGGCUUCUCUAUUGAAUGCGCUAGAUAGUUCUUUCGAGUACCUGGUUUUACAAACCACAGAUAGAGUGCUUCCAUUUUUGACUGAGCUCACAUAUCAAGACUUAAUCAGCAUCCCAGUCAAAAACUAUGAAUUGCUUUCUAAAAGGGUAUCAACCAGAUGGGAAGACCUCAAGCGUUCAGUCCGACCUGCACUCAACCCGGUAUUGAGACCAGGGGGUGAUGUUCUUUCAAAGUUUGUUACGAGCCCAGAAGAUUAUGCGGAUGAAGUUGAGAGACUCUAUUUGAUUGCUUCCAAAACCUACGGAAAUAUUUACGAAAAGGGCCAAAUUGUCACUUCGAAAAUCAACUCCGCUUACCAAUCUGAGCUCAGCUCAAAGGACGAUCAGAAGAUCAGUGACAAAGCCUUUGCUGCUGCCCGUACCUCCAGAAAACUAUCCAACGAGUUUUACGACAAUUUCAGACAGACGACCAAUACUGUAUUGGAGCAGACUAAGGGCAGCGUAGAUCAACUUUUAGAGAAGGCUGACAAGGGGAUCAAGGAUACUGCAUCCACGAUCAACAAGUCACUUCGUUCUAACACAGUUUCCGCAAGUGCAUAG